UAAUCAGAUCGAUGAGCAAACAGCUAGUUCACCUGGUGCAUUACUGUUAUUUGAAAAAUGUUGUCAUUUCAAAAAUUGCGAUCAUGUGGCCUAUCAUUUUAAAAACAUGAUGUAAUUAUUACAUCAUAACAGAAAAAAAUAAAAAUGUAGACAAAAACAAAUCUUGAAAUGAAAAGGAUAAAUGUAAAUAGACCACAUAUGUCCACAUGAUAUUAAAACCAACAAACAAACAAAACUAAAUAUCUCUAAUAUUUUAAAAAAAACUGGCUAUAGGUGCAUUUUUAUAGAAUAAUGAACAAAAAUUACUAACAAUUUCUUAAACUUGAGGUUGAUCAAGGAGCUAUCCACUUUGGGUAAAGUGUGUUUAUAAUAUUUCCAAAUAACCAGUUUCACCAGAAAUUUGACUUUAUCAGAAACAAGUCAGUGACCUUUACGAACAAAUCCAGAUCUUAAACAAAAACCACUAAAUAAAUCUAUUUUAGAAUAUUUUUAAGUAGAUCUUUCCCAAGCUACUUGUCAUCAUCACAGAGGCAGUACAACAGCAAUUGUGUUUUGUCUUUUAAUACAAUGGGUCCACGCCAUCCUGUGAGGCAGGAAUACACCAUUAUAACAGUAAACUGGUUCCAUGUGAGCCCUGCAGCCCCCCCCCCCCCACACACACACACACCUCCGCCCUGCUUAAAUAAAGCAGAAAUAUAUUUUCUUUAUAUUCUUUAACGUUUUAAGAUUCAGACUUUAAAUUAUUUCUUGUGCCGAUUUGGCCAAAAGGUACCAGUCUCAAGGUGACUGUCCUCGUGUCAUUCUCUCUGAAGAGGAAUAAGCAGUGUGACAAACGUUUUCUGGGUCAGCCCAGCAGGCGAUGAACUGAAGGGAGGAGAGCUGUGAAGUUGCUUUUACAGCCCAGAGGAAGACAUUUUUCUGUGACCAUAUGGCCCACUGAUGAUAGUGCAGAUGAUACUUCUAAUCCUAAAAACCACAAAUCAUUUCUCUUCCACUCUUCAUUUCAGUAAGAUUGCAUUUGACUCAAUAUCAGCAAAACUGCACAAUAAGAGUGUCAGAGUCUGAGAAGAUGAUCAUCUGUGGCUUGUGAAAUCUCAUUAACUGGUGUUCAUUCAUCCGUGUAACUCACACAAACCACACAGACGGAUCUGUGAGCCUUCAAGCCUUUUAGCAAAUGGAAACAAGAGCUAUAAAUGAGAAAGGCUUCAUUGAAUGAGGCAAAAUGCUGUGUAUGCCUUUAAGAGCCCCGUGUCCCGCGACAUGUCUUUCCCCUAGCUUCUUGUGUUUGCAGGCAUCAGCUGUCCUCAGUGCUGAAGGACAGAUGAUGCAAGGACAUCUUUUCCUUCACAUCAGUGAGAUUUAAAGAAGAGGAAGACGUGCUUUUCCUGUUCUGCUGGCUGUCAUUUCACUGAGCAGAAAAUUACAGAAAAGGCAACAUGGACAAAAGACAGACAAGAGAUUAAGACUGCUGAAAAGUUUGGAUUACAAGGCAGAAGAGUUUCUUUUGGUUUCCUACUUUUGAAGAAGAUUGUUGUUUCUCAUGGGACACAUGUAAAUAAGCCAACGCUGCAGGCUCUGAAAUGAUAUUCUGCUCUUUUAUUUGUUUAUAUUUCCACACAAGAAAAGUUCAAAUGCUGCAGAACUGAGAUGGAACAUCAUUCAUUUUCUUCCUCUGGCCCAUUAGUCUCUCCAGCUCCACAACCAAAUAAAGCAACCUUCAGGAGAACCAGCCGAUCAGAAGGAAAUGGUGUCUGUCCAAUUCCCGGAAUUCCAGCAGAUAUCCUCCGCAUGAGAGUCAAAGAAGGAAGCAAAAUCCACAACUUACUGCAGUUUGUGUCAAAUCGCAUGCAAGGACGAGGAGGAGGAGACAGCACCAGGACACCAGUGAGACAGGUGGUCUUCACAGGGUCAGGCAGAGGAAUCACCAAAACUAUCACCUGUGUGGAAAUCCUGAAACGUGAAGUGGAGGGGCUGCACCAGCUGUCCAAACUUCACUACAAGACGAUUAAUGAGAUCUGGGAGAGUCCACAGCAAGAAGCAGCAGCACUAACUGUAGAGACAACCGUCCCUGCCAUCUGCAUCCUGCUCUCCAAAGAUCCUCUGGAUCCCCAGGAGCCCGGCUAUCAACCCCCACAUACCUUCAGUGUUCCUGAAGAUGAUGGAGGGGGACAUAGGGACCUGCUCAGGACAGCAGACAGGUCCACUUCGCAGCAUGCAGCUAAACGAUUGUGUCCGAAUUCCUAGACUAAAUGUCCCCCUCCGUUUAAAACCACAUACUUAAAUUAGAACAUUUAUGUUUUUCUUCAGUGAUCUGGGGUUUCACAUCAGAGGAUGUCUAGUUUUACUAGUUUUGACUGUUACUACAAUGUCUGGGCAAAUUUUUUGUAUGUUCGUUCUGUGCAAUCCAUCAAAUUCAAUUUUUUGGUUAUUUUCUAAACAGAGUAUUGAUUGUUUUUUUUACUUUUUAAGCUUUGGCAAACACUGUAGCCACCCUCAGAGCAUGCUGAUGAUGGAUACUUCAAAUAAUCAACCAGAUAUCUAU